AUGUCCCGCGAGGCGGGCUCCUGCCGCCUGGGCGCCGGGGCGCGGGCGCGGGCGCGGAAGCCCAAGAAGCCGCACUACAUCCCGCGGCCGUGGGGCAAACCCUACAACUACAAGUGCUUCCAGUGCCCGUUCACCUGCCUGGAGAAGUCGCACCUGUACAACCACAUGAAGUACAGCCUCUGCAAGGACUCCCUCUCGCUCCUGCUCGACUCCCCAGACUGGGCCUGCCGCCGAGCCCCCACCGCGCCCCGGCCCCGCGCGCCCAGCCCCGACGGCCCCGCGGGCCCGGCACAUCCAGGCCGCCAGCCCCAGCCGCGGGGACCCCGGCUCCCAGACACGCCCCCCACGCCUGACCCGGCCUCUCAGGGCCUCUCCCUGCAACGCCGCAUGGGGGGCCCAAAGCUGGGGGCUGACGGGUCCCGGGGGGCCCCCUCCCCGGGGGCCCGGGAUGCCCAGAAGGACGUGGGCCCUGGGGGGCUUCUGGCUGAGGCGUGGAAGCCGGGGCCGGGUGGGGGCCAAAGGGGCAUAGCCGUGGUGGACGGGGCUGCAGCUGGCCCUGAGAGCGGGGGCGUCCCCUGCUACCCCCCGCCCACCCCCAGCGAGUUCCCUGAGGCCCAGAGCCUCCAUCUGUCCCUGCUAGGUGUCAACUGUCCUCUGGGCCCUGGUCUCUUCUCCUACCUGGGACCCUCCCUGGCCGCUGCAGCCCACAUGCCCUUUCUGGCCUCUGCCAGCCCCCUGUUGCCCCCCACCUCUGCUUUCCCUUCCCCACAGACCCCUGAGCGCCCUGCCCUGGUCCCCCGCUUGUACUACCCCCUGCUGCUGGAGCAUACGCUGGGGCUGCCGGCCAGCAAGGCUGCCCCUGCCAAGCCCUUAGCCACCCCAAAGGGGCCCCCUGGGACCCUGGCCCCGGGGCUCCUGAAGGUCCCAGUACCCGGGCUGAGCAGGCCCUGGCCCGGUGGAGCCCCCAGGGACUCAGGGCAGGAGGCGGAGCUGGACCAGGUUGCCCAGAGUGACCCCAAGAGGAAGCUGCCCCUGGGAAGCAGGUUGGAGCCCCUGAAGGGCCCCUCGGGCACAGUGAAAGUCAGCGCCCAGAGCAGCCUUCGGACGGGCCCCUCCAUGGUGCUCUGGCCUGAGGACAAGGAGCCAGGCAACACCGAGACCCCGAGCCCUGCGGCUCCCCUGCACCAGCAACCCCUGGGCCUGGUGCCAGGCGGCCCCGGGCACGUGGGUGAGGACCUGACCCGGGCCCUCGGGGACUACGCCAGGGUGGAGCAGCGCCUGGGGCAGCUGGUGCCUGCGGGGGGCCUGGCCCCGCGGCCUCUGCGGGAGCAGCUGGGCAAGAUUCGCCAGGAGCUGCUCACCAUCCACCAGGCCUUGGAGCGGGCUGUGCGGCCCCCAGACGCCCCCCUCGACCUCUCUGUGAAGCGGGCGCCCAGCAAGGGGCCCAAGGGGCCUGUGGGGGCCUGGCCGCAGCUGGAGCUGGGCCCCACGCUGGCCCGGGGGACCCCUGAGCCCCCGCACAUGCUGGGCCCCACAAUAGCUGAGCCUUUCUCUAGCCACACCACCAAAUGCGAGGCUGACUCCAGCGUCCCACCCCCAGGCCUGCCCCUUCAGGCCCCAGAGGACCCUGUCAUUCCUGGCAGCAGCUGGGGGGCCCGUGCCGGCCCUGGGGGCUCCUGGCCCCCUGAGGCUGUCCCCAGCCUCCAGAGCCCCCCUGGUGCGGAGGUGUGA